GAGGGUCCCCCAUCAUGUGACAGACACGGGCAGCAAGAUGGCGCCGUCCAGUGAGGCGUUGCAGUAGGAUGAAAGUGAACUUUUACGAAUGGACCAAGGACUGUAUUGAAAAUUUUGGAAUCUGACAGUUGUAAAGAUUCUGAAACCACAGGAUGCCGCUGACUGGAACCAUGUUAAACAAACCAGUGCUUUUGGAAUCCCUGAUUGUGUUCAUCAUUGUGUUGUGUGUGCACAUGGUAGUUUGGGACCGGUAUUCCUGGUGUGCUAUUGCUCUUGCUGUUCAGGCUUUUUAUGUCCAAUUUAAAUGGGACCGUCUACUCCGACUGGGUGGGGCCGUAUUCCAAUUUCGGACGACAGCUAACAGUGGCCUCCUACCAGCUAGUAUGGUCAUCCCACUCCUGGGGAUUGUGAUGAAGGAGAGAUGCAAGGCUGCUGGCAUUGUGUACUUUGAACGUUUGGGCAUAGUUGUGGCCUCCACGGGCAUGGUGCUAGCCCUCUUCCUAUCUGUAAUAGCAGUUGGCAUCACAAGGCCUGUGCCAACUAACACCUGCAUCCUUUCAGGCAUUGCUGGCAGUAUAAUCCUCUAUACCAUGAAGUAUUCUUUAACUGUUUCUGAAGUGAUAGAAGUUCUGGAAGUGCUGCUUAUUUUUGUCUACCUCAGUAUGAUCUUGCUCUAUCUGUUGCCUCGAUGUUUUACUCCUGGGGAAGCAUUACUAGUCCUUGGGGGUAUAAGUUUCAUCCUCAAACAGCUCAUUAAACGCUCACUGAACGUGAUAGAGGGCAGAGCGGAUCCUGUAGACUUCAUCCUUCUAGUGGCAGUGGCUGGGGUGGUCCUUCUGGGGAUUUUCUUCACUGCUCUCUUCUUCUUCAUGGAUUCAGGAACCUGGACAUCCUCUAUGUUUUUCCACAUGAUGACAGCAGUGCUGGGACUGGGGGUCCUCAUGCCUUGGCUUUACCAUCUGAUCCGAAGGAAUCCCUUGCUCUGGCUGCUCCGGUUUCUGGUUCAGACACAGACAAGAGUUUACCUCCUUGUGUACUGGACCCUGUUGGCUGCCUCUGCGUGCAUGGUGGUUCUUUACCAGAAUUCCAAGAGAUCAUCUGAAUCUAAAAAGCACCAAGCUUCAACCAUCACCAGAAAAUACUUUCACUUCAUCGUGGUGGCUACUUACAUCCCUGGGCUAAUUUAUGACCACCAGCUUCUCUACAUUGCUGCAGUGCUGUGUCUGGUAGUGUUUAUCCUUUUAGAGUACAUACGAUACUUCAGGAUCAAGCCAUUUGGCCAAACACUCAGGCACUUGCUCACUCUCUUUUUGGAUGAACGAGAUAGUGGACCUCUGAUCUUGACUCACAUUUACCUACUUGUUGGGAUGUCCCUGCCAGUGUGGUUGUUCCCCAGGCCUUGUGCUCCGAAAGGUACCCUAUCUGGGGCAGGAGCAUUGGUUCCCUACUCCGGGGUACUGGCAGUAGGGGUGGGAGACACAAUAGCCUCAAUUUUGGGCAGUACAAUAGGGGAAAUCAAAUGGCCUGGGACAAAGAAGACAUUUGAAGGGACAAUGACUGCCAUCUUUGCUCAGAUCAUUGCUGUGGCUCUUAUUCUGAUCUUUGAUGGCAGGGUGAACCUGAACACCAGCUAUGCCUGGAUUUUGGGGUCCAUCAGCUUAGUUUCCCUUUUGGAAGCCUACACUACCCAAAUAGACAAUCUGCUCUUACCUCUCUACCUCCAGAUACUGCUCAUGGCUUAGAGACAUUGCCAGGAACAGACACUUCCUUUCUAGCUAGGGGUGGUGAUGAGCCAUGCAUCCCUGUUGAGAGCUCAGUAGAGCCAGUUUGGUACGAAAUGCUAUAUUUGGUAUAGCGGGUAGAACAGCUAAUGACAGAAAGGAAAUAGUUCUUCAACUCUUAAUUUACAAUAAAAGUAAAGG